AUGGCAUCAGAGAGCAAGAAUAAUGUUCACUUGAUUUUCGAGGCGUCCUUGGAAGACGACAAGAGCAUUACCAACUACGCCGAAGAACGCGAAAGGCUUGUCGAAUCGGAACGACAAAAUGCCUGGGAUCGAGAGGCAAGAUAUAAACCCUCCUCCCAGGAGGAGCGCGCAGCCAACAUCAUCUUUGCAAUCCGCGAGUGGGAGCGAAACGUUAUCUUCGGCAAUCUCCCCUCGGAGACAUUGCCAAAGAAAGAUGACCGGGAUAUGGGCGGUCAAUAUCUCACCAACAAGGAGUAUAUAGAUACGAGGAGCAAGCUGUUUGAAAUUAGCAAGAUGGUGCCCAAGGGAGCCCUGUUGCACUUGCACUUCAAUGCCGAACUACACCCUGAGUUGCUGCUCGUGCAAGCUCGAAAUACCGAGAACAUGUAUAUACGUAGCAUUCGGCGCAUCGAAAACGAGGAAGACCUAAAGGAGACCGAGAUGGUCUUUAGUGUCCUGGACCGCAAGACAGUUGAUCCUAGCAUUAACAUCUUCUCGGACACGUACCCUACGUGCACAAACUUCAAGGAUGAGGCUGUUAAAGAUAAGAUUUGGAUGUUAUGGUCAAAAUUUCAAGACGAGUUCGAACGUAAAUUUCCUGGUAAAUACAAACAGCAGGAACCUGAAACCUUUCGGGAAGGAAAUCUACCAUCUCACUGUGGCCAGCCAGCUGUUGCGCGGCUACGUCCUGCUGAGAACUGGCUCAGGUCUAAGAUGGUUCUCAGUGAGAAAGAGGCUUAUGACCCUGAUCAGACUGUCAAUGGUGUUUGGGCGCGUUUCAACCAAGCCACCAGAGCUUUUAAAGGCUUAUUAAACUACGAAAGAGCCUAUACAGAGUACAUUGGCAUGGCUAUUGACCGAUUCAUUGAGGAGAAAAUCAUGUACGCUGAGCUACGACCAAUGUUGCUUGACAAGGAUAUUCCUACCAAUGAUGGCAAAGGAAAGAUAGAUAAUUCUGGCCAAAUGCAACUAAUCAUUGAUGCCGUCAACGAAAAGAAGCGGCAGCUUAAAGAUGCAGGGCGGCUUCACGAGUUUCCGUUCGGGCUGAAGAUCAUCUACUGCACUCCACGAUCCAUUCCCCCAAGUCUGAUGAUGAGGGAUAUGAAGGAGUGUAUUGAACUGAAGAUUAAAUACCCAGACCUCAUCUGUGGUUUUGAUCUUGUUGGAGCAGAAGACCGAGCAUUCCACAUUGGCUAUUACCAGAAACAGUUCAUGGCUUUCAAGAAAACCUGCAAGACGCUUGGCGUAGAGAUCCCCUUCAUGUUCCAUGCUGGAGAGACAUUGCUCGACACCGGCGGCUCUCACGAUCCUGCCAACUCAAACCUCUACGAUGCAGUAGCCUUGGGAGCGAAACGCAUCGGUCAUGGCUUCGCACUUUUGAAGCAUCCAAAGCUUGUAGAGGAGUUCAAAAAGGAUGGCAAGAAGCCUGGGAUUUGUAUCGAGCUGUGCCCCAUCUCGAAUGAACUACUCCAUCUUUGCAGGAACAUCAAGGAGCAUCCUUAUCCUCAACUAUUGGCUGCAGGUAUACCCUGCACUGUCAAUUCGGAUAACCCAUCCCUUUUUAGCAACUCUAUGUCCCAUGAGUUCUAUCAGAUCAUGGUGGGCGCGCCUACCAUGUCUCUUUACAGCUGGAAGCAGCUCGCACGCUGGAGUAUUGACUACAGCUGUCUCUCUGAAAAGGAGCAAAAAGAGGGACACAAGUACCUGGACGAAAGCUGGGAACAGUUCUGCCAUGACGUUGUCAACACAUACGGACCGAGUGUCAUGCACACGGACGAGGAAAUAGCACGGGAUCCAGUACUCAAGGACAGAGUUGAUCCAGCGAAAGCCGCAGCUUACUAUGGAGAUGAUGGUGAGGCCAGAUGGAAGAGUUACACGAAAAAGAGGGGCAAUAAGAAGUAUCUGGAGCUUUAG